GUGUUUCUCACUUCCGCUUAUCAGGGUUUGCGGGUCGAAGAAGCGUUUGUAAACAACAGCCCAGGUUAGUCGGGGUUAAGGUCCUUUCCUGGGUUGGAACUGAGGAAGGAGACGGUUGUGCCUCGGUCAUCCCGUGGAGGAAUCCGGAUUGCUGACAGUUUUUCCGAAGUGUCCUCCCUGGCACCGGCAUCCUGAAAAACACAUGUGCGGGAUAGUUUGGAAAGUAGACAUGUCCGCCCUGACGUAAAUGAAAGUUAUCUUCCUGGCGUAGUGGCGCAACCCUGUAAUGCCAGCAGUUGUGAGGCAGAGACAGGAAGAUUGCCACAGAUUCAAAGCCAGCAUGGGCUGCUAACCGAGACCCUUAGUGGAAAUAAUAAUAAUCACCUGACUGUUCAUAUUCAAAUAUGUCCUAUGAUGAUACCUUGGGAUAUGUAUUUCCAUUUUUCUAUGACUCACGUACUUCAUCUAAACAGCCUGUAAACUGCGCAGAAUUGGCAGUGAAGACUCCCACUGGGAUUUUUCCAGAUGAGUUUCCUCUUGCCCAAACUGACUAGCAAGAAAGAAGUGGACCAGGCCAUCAAAAGCACUGCGGAGAAGGUGUUGGUUCUCAGGUUUGGGAGGGAUGAGGACCCUGUCUGUCUGCAGCUGGAUGACAUUCUCUCGAAGACUUCUGCUGACCUCAGUAAAAUGGCGGCUAUUUACCUGGUAGAUGUGGACCACACUCCGGUUUACACGCAGUAUUUUGACAUCAGUUAUAUUCCCUCUACUGUGUUUUUCUUCAAUGGGCAGCACAUGAAAGUGGAUUAUGGGUCUCCGGAUCACACUAAAUUUGUAGGAAGCUUCAAAACCAAACAAGACUUCGUGGAUUUGAUUGAAGUCAUCUACCGGGGAGCAAUGAGGGGAAAACUUAUUGUCCAGAGUCCUAUUGAUCCCAAGAAUAUCCCCAAAUAUGACCUCCUCUAUCAAGACAUUUAGCACACUCACGGUCGCUGGAGAUGAAAGAGUCAUGGGUGGAAACAAGACCUGAACCCAGAGGGCCUGUGGUCUGGAGUCCCUCGAAGACGUUCUCGGUGCCCCAGCGAAGAGGUCUGAUGUGCCUGUAAUCAGUGGCCCCUGUGCAGAAGCCCCAGAGCCCCCAAACUCCAGAUGUCUGAGUGUCUGUUCCCUAAGAGCCUUGGAGCAGACAGGCGACAGUGCUCGGUGUCUUUGUCACUUCCCUUUACCUGGACCUGUCUUUACCCUUAAGGUCAUCAGCUGUCCUAGACACUGUGAGAACAGUUUAACGGAAUGUUUGUGCACAGACACAACCCUUCCCCUCGCCUCCAUUCCCUUGCCCCCUUUGCUCCCUCCUGUCCCAGCUUCUCUUGAAAUAAUUAGCACUCUAUUAGUUGUGGUGAGUUCUUUUGUUUCGGGGACCGUCCUGGCGUGGACCGAGAGCGCUGCCCUGGCCCUGCUCCUUUAUAGCUGGCGGGCACUAGAUUGACAAGAGGAAAGGUGGCCCCUCAUCAUCCAGCACAGUUUAAGCUGAACAACAAGUUUACUUCCUUGGGAAGUAGAGGAUGGAGCUCUUGUUUCAAGGACUCAAGACCAAAGGUAUACCAGAAUUGUUAAGGGGAAAUGCCUGUGGGGUUUGCUGGUCCCAGCUGCUUUUGAAGAACAGCUGAGCUUCCAGGGUCCCCCGGCCCAAGCUCAGGAAGCUUGUGUUUCUCUUAAACCUCUGGUGGUGGUGGUUCCUGACACUCUGGAAUGAGAGCCUAGGUACAGAUCUAGAGGUCCAUGGCCAAGCAGCUUGAGACCUGCUGGGUAGCCAGAGUCGCUGCCAGCAGAGGCCCAGGCUUGUCACAGCGGCACUGUCACCCCAGGGCCAGCACUGGUCAGCUCCUUCCUUCUAAGCUUGUCCUUAGGGAAAAAGUGAAACGGGACCCGGUUUUGAUGAUUGUGACACGGAAAGGAUGGGAGAAGAGUCUUUUCCCAUUCCCUUCUUAUACAUAGGGGGCUGUGGCAGCCACCCCGGCUCAGUGUGUGCAGAGAUGAGAGUCAGACCCUAAUGUUACUGAACUCCAGGUGAACUGUAACCCUUCCUCCACAUCCCUAUGAAAAAAUAAAAUUCUU